AUGCUGCGAUUCUCACCGCAGGCAUUGUCUCACCCCCUGAAGUUCCCGGCUCAGCUGGAAGAUCUCAGUGAACCGUUGAAAAUUGACGUGCUCCAGCCGAUUGCUUCCACCCGUCUGGUGCUUCAUCCGCACGAGGAGUACUAUGGAAUUGGGUUUGAACACGCCGACAACCUCGCUAUGGGCCUGCAUGUCCGUGCAGCAGCUGGGGGCGCAGAAGCAGGACCCGCCAAAGAGCUGCCGAUACCGACCAAGGACUCCGCGGCCUCUGCGAAGGACUACCUGGAGCAGAACGGAUUGCUGAAGUACGUCCAGUCUCUGCUCCAUGCUGUCAUCCAGGACAAGCCCCAGGAUCCGUUCGCAUACAUGAUCGAGCAGCUGACAGCAGCCAAGAGCAAGUCCGAAGCGUGUGCAAGGGUCCUUUCCCGACCGACCAGUGCGGUGCACCGAAGCCGCCCCACAAGUGCCAUGCGGCCUGCAUCUGCUCAGAUUAGAGCAACACCGCCGCUCUCGCAGCCAUUGCUCGAGGCACCGGCGCCUGAAGAAGAGCCGCCGGCUCUGCCGGCUGGGCAGGUGGCGCCAGAAGCGCCAGCCUUCUCAUCAGAAGCUCGGAAGGAGGAAGCAGAAAGCUCGCGAGCUGCACCUGCCAAUUCGGUCGAAAGAGAGACGGAACACCUCGUGCCUGAUGAAACGCCGUCGGAGCAGGCUGGACCAUCAAAGGAUGUCAGACACGAGCACAUGCAAGGCAAGCUCGGUUCGGCUUGGCCGCUUGGCGCCUCUGAGGCCUCUGCUGCAAAGCUUCCACAAAGCCAGGAGGACUUUGGCACCCAGGCACUGGAUGCCGAGGACUGUCUCGAUUGGUCUGCUUAUGUCCGCUUGCUUCAGUUGGAGGUGCCAGACUCCAAGACUGCUAUAGAGUCAGACCCGGCCACAGCAAUGCACCGGCAACGGCUGGAAGAGUUGGACCAAAGCGCGGAUGUGAAGCAGUCUAUCCUGAAGGCCGUCGUGGACGCUUGUGAGUCUGGCGAUUUGGGCGUGGUACUUUCCGCUGUGGGCGUUGACAAGAGCCGCAGCCGCAUCCAGGCCCUGCUUGAGAAGUCGGCCGAAACAGGCGAGCUGGAAGCGGCCCUCAAACGCACAAUGGACACAAAGGAUGUGGCAGACCUCGACAAGCUCAAGGGCCAUCUGCGAGACGUGCUGCUAGAUGCGAACGAGUCUGGCCAAGUCCAGGACAUUCUAGCACAGAUGUCCAGGCAGCCAGAGAAGCUAGAGGCCACGGAGGCCAGUGAGAUCGAGAAGUUGAAAUCGAAUUUGAAGAGUCUUCUCCUGGAUGCCAACGAGUCCGGCCGAGUGCUCGCAGUCUUGCAAGAGAUGUCAGCAGAGAAGGCCGAAGAGGCCGGUGCGCAGAAGGCCUUGGAGGAAGUUUCCGAGAUGGAGCAACUGAAGCAGCGCAUGAAGGCUGCGCUCUUCGAUGCUGACCCUUGUGCAGUACAACAGGCUCUGGAGAAGACGAAACGCAUGGGCCAGCAGCCCGAAGCUGCAGGAGGGCCAGACUCAAAGACCGGUGCUGCUCCGGCACUGCCCCAUGCCACGCACGAAUUGGUGAAUGCCCAGGCCAAGAUGCAGGAGGGCCUGAGGAGUGGGCUGCUGCAGCAGGGUUUGGAGAAGGCCGCGGACGAGAAUAGUUCUGUGCGCGUGGACUACAAUCCGUCGGUCAUGCAAAAGGGAGAUGUGAAAGAGACAAAAGACAAGCUUCGCGAGACGAUGAAUGAGAAGGCUGAGCGAGAAGGACUUUUGUUUACAGCCGACUCAAUCGCCCUCGAAGAGCUCAGCGCCAUCAAGGGCAGGAUGAAGGAGGUCAUGAUGAAGGCCGCCGAGACCGGGACCUUGGCAAAAGAGUUGGAGAAGCUUCUCCAACAAACCGUGGCCGAGGGCCAAGGGCCGGGCCAGGGGCCGGGCCAGAGCGACCUCGAAGCCUUGGGCGAAAAACUGCGAGGGGUCCUGGAGGAGGCUUCGGAUACUGGGAAGCUGGAAGAAGCCCUGCAAUUGCUGCGAGAGGAGCAGGCGGAGACGAUGAAAAACGCACCCAAAGAUGAUUUGGAGGCAGUCCGCAGCAACCUUUGCACGGUCGUGGAAGAUGCCGUCGACUCUGGAAAAUUGGCCGCAGCUUUGGAUGCUCUUCGGAGUUGCGGCGAAUCACAACCUUCCAAUGCGGCGGCAUCGGACCAGAUCGCGGUCAUCAAGGCGAAGUUCAGAAGGCUCUUGAAGGAAGCCUUAGACUCUGGCAUGCUGGCGGCUAAAGUGGGGAUCUUGAAGCACCCCGGCAAGGUCCCCGCUCCGCCACAGGGGGAACCACCGCAUGAGAUGGAGAUCAUGAAAGCCCACUUGCGCGAGGCUCUGCAACAUGCGGCAGAGUGCGGGCAGCUGGCGGAAGCUUUGGCCUCGGCGCGCAGCCUCGAAGGUCCCGAGCAACGAAGUGCAGAUGUGGAAGCCACGGCUGUGAAGCUGCGGGGAGUGUUGGCAGAGGCAGCUUUGUGCGGCCGCUUGGAAGAGACACUCAAGGCUCUUCAGAAGGACGAUGGCAGCCCUGCCGAGCCACUCCCGGCAGAGGCAGCCGCCGGGAAAGCUCCCGAGGUGGCGCCCGAGGCGGCUUGGCAGCAAGGGAGCAAUCUCUGGCAGGUGAAUCCAAUGGCAUGGCAAUGCUCGCCAAAGUUCGACCAAGCGCUGGAGGAGAUGUCCGAAUGGUUCAAAGACGCAGGCGAAGUUGAAUCGAAAGCGGACACUUCUGACUUUGGGCACGGCUCGCUGCUCCCGGCAAAGAGUCAGUCGAAUCAGGAGGAAGCGACCCUGGACGAAUCCUUUCAAACUCAGAGCUCAGGGCAGAUGGAAGACCAGCACGCCAAGCCAGGUGCCAAACCAUCGAGUCAAGAUUUCACUCAGGCACGAGAGGUUGCCAAUCACAUCUACAGCACUGCGAAGGCAGUGCUGGAGCAGUCACAUCAUGAGUUCUUGCAGCUGCUGACGAGCAUAGACCGCAAGAAUCCACAGCCAGAUGAGCAGGUUGGACAUGGCAGUCAAUCAAUUGAGAUUAUGUCGCCUGUAUCCGCAGAUGCAGGGACAGCCGGAACAGCAGACAUUGAAAUGCAAAGUGUGCAAAGUGACAGACAGAGUGAUGGCUCAACGUCGGAGUCGAAGCAGUGGAAACGCAGUAUCAAGACGAAAAGGGGUUCACGAAACUCGAUUCCAUGCUCUCCGGUUAGCCCAGGGCUUGUGACACGAGCCAGCUGCUGCCUCUACGGCAAGCAAGAAAAGCUCCAUGAGAAGCGCUAUGAGAGUCCCGGCCUUGCUGAAGAGCAGACCGACAAGACCAAGCUAAGCUUCAUGGGGAUGAAGGACACAGACAUGAUCAGCGUGAAGAAGGUUGCCGCAAAGUCCCGCAGUGUCGCAAGCAGUGUGGCCAGUGAUGAUGGCAAGAAGACCUCGCCGAAGGAUGUGGGACGUGUGCGUCUUCGCAUUACACCGCAGCACUUCAGCCCCUUGGGAACAGCCUUCCGUGAUGUCCAGGUGAACUUCUUGCCCAUGAGCUUCACAAUCCGAGCUCUCGACUUCAACGGCUAUGCAUGGACAGCCCACUCGAACUCUCUUCCGGGUUGCCUUGCCAUGGAUCGUUGCAAGUACAAGAUCGACCCAAGUGGCAAAGACGUGGUCAUAACCCUAUGGGGAGCUGAUGAGACUCAGUCCUGGAAGGGCAUGACACGACUCGAGUUGACCCGACCGUACGACUUUCAAGAGCCAACGGGUGAGGCAGAGCUCAAGAGCCCAACGGUCAUGACACCAACCAAAGCCAAGAGUACUAAGACACCGAACUUGAAGAACAACUUCAUCUGA